UCUGGCUUUGCAUAUCAGCUGUGUAACAUUUAAAUCAUAACUGCAAGUGCUUGUUUCGACACAAAGGCACGGUGCCAGGCUGCGAGGAGAAACCGCGGACAUGAGGAUGUUAACUCUGGUACUUYUUGCGCUCGCGAUAAAUUACCAGUCGCUGGCAACAGUGGUUCAGGAUUUCAACCAUGUGGAGCGGUGUAAGGACUCCCUGUACAUGGGGACUCCACCACGGGGGUUUACAGACACCAAGCUGAAAAAGAUCUGCCAACGCUACGCAGACAAACCUCGGUUCGUGACCCUGUAUGAUCCUCACAAGCGGAUCCCAGUUUACUCRGCUUACACCUUCAAGAAAACCGAAGGAGACAGGCGUGUCGACUACCCUUGGAUGUAUGAACCACAGUUGGCAGAAGUUGAUGGGAAUGGGAACAUGUCRCCUUUCCCCACUGGUUACCUCCACAUGAAGUUUGAGGACAGCCAGGCCGUGCUGGAUGACUAUUCUGAUGUUGUGCUUUACGAAAGAGGUCACCUGAACCCUGACCAGCACCAGUCCACACCACACGACCGCGCCGCCACCUACACCCUGACCAACGUGGUCCCAGAGAUCCGGGAGUUCAACAUCGGGCCGUGGCGCGAGUACGAGGAGCGGAUCCGAGUGCGCCUCAACAACUUCUGCCGCGGCGUGGCCUACAUCGUCACCGGGGUCACCACAAGGGGCAACAUGAUCCGCCGCAAUAACCAGGACCGCGUGGCGGUCCCCGAAGACGUGUGGUCUGCAUACUGCUGCACCGACUACGACCGCAACUCGCCCCAUCCGAUGCGCGUCCUCUUCCCAUCCCAUGCGGCCUUAGCCAAGAACGCCAAGGAGGCUGACAGUGUUCACGAGAUGACGGUGCAAGAGCUCGAAAUGUUCCUGAAAAACAACAUGGAUGUGGACCAGAACUUCCAGCUCUUCUAUGACAACUGCAUCUCUCCGUCACCGCUUCCUCUUUAUCUGCAACACACCAUCUGAUUGGCUGCUUCAUCUCACCAUAUGUCAGCAAUGGGUUUAUAUUUACUAUGACACAUGUAUGUGCUUAAAAAAGUUUAAAUUUAAAGUUUUAGAAUUACUGUUAUUUUUCAGUACUUUACAUUUGAAAGGGUUUACUUUACUGAGACAGAGAUAAAAUGCUGUUGUAYUGGA